AAGAUUAUUAUUUUUCAUUUCGCUGUUUUGUCAGCGCCGAGCUCCAGAUGAUGAAGGUCGGGAUAGGGAUGCGCGGCGGAGAAAGUCAGUGACAUUUUCGCUUAGCUUGUGUUUGUCACGAAAUGGCAAAAAAGAGGAGCAGAAGCGCUGAUGGGAUUAGCCAUCUCUGAGACGGCUGUUAAAAUAACGGGAACGGAGUUAGGUAAUCACGGGCUACGUUCAUUACGCGACUCCUUUCAUCUCGGAGGCUUUUCAAAGUCAACGCGCAUCAAAGUCGAGGCGAGCCACAGCCUUCGUUGCAUGAAGAGAAGCAUGUUUGUGUUCGAACUGACUGAGACGCGCACAUGAGACGCGUGAAAUGAACGCGUGAGAUGACUCGCGUAUGGUUUAGAGUGGGAUUCCUCCACACCGCAUCCACGCUCCCCGUGGGCUGACAAACAAGCGAGCUCCGUGAAGUCAAACGCGGUCAACUACUUCAUUUUUUUCGCUCUCUCUCGCAUUGAACAGGGCGACGCUUUUAACUCCAAAAGCGAUAAAUGCAGAUUUAUGGUGAUGCUCUAAAACGUGAUUGAUUUCUUUCCACCCCCACCAGAACCCCCCUUAUAGUGACUGAACCCACCGACAGCUGCUCGAUAUGCUUCAGUCUCGUGUGGAAUAUUUUCCCAGGACUGUGACUGUUUGGCCGCCGCUGUUUUGAAGCUGUCAGCAGUUAUUUUCUUAGAUAAUAACGCAUUUAAACUGGAUUGGAAAGGACACCCGGAAAAUUGAAGCGGAAUUUUAAUGAGGCAGCAAAAUGAAAGGACUGAAGAAAAUACGUAAUCCGGAUCGAAUGUACAGAACCGCCGUCGGUUACACCGGCCACGUUCCUCCUAAGAGUGUCAGCGAUGACACGGACAACAACAAUGAACAUGGACAUUUGAAAAUCUACUUGCCCAAGAAGCUUCUGGAAUGCCUUCCCAAAUGCUCCUCCCUGCCCAAGGAGAGACAUCGCUGGAACACCAACGAGGUAAGAAGCUUUGAUUAGACUUUUUUUUUCAUUCACAGGAGUUUGGCGAUAUGUAAUGCAAUGUUCACGAUUAUGUGUUGUUUAUUGGAUGCUUGUUCUGUGUGUUAUGUAUUAUUGGUACUGCUUGCUUUACAGCAAGAUUUUUUAUUUAUUUAUUGUGCUUAAGCUAAUAACUUGGUAUGUGUUUCUAAAUUUCUAAAUCUAAACUCAGCUGGACCAAACAUUUGGAAAAUGUAGCUUGAUAAAGUCUCUCUUUUUUGCAAUGGGUAUUAGAUGAACAUUAGUUAUUAUAUAUGAAGAUGUAAUUUGAUCAAUUCUCAUAAUUUUUUUUUUUGUAAAGAUUUUUCAAUGAAAGAAUAUUCUGUUUAUGGCUGGAAAUUUCACAAAAUAUAUU